UUCGUUACCGCGUUCUCCAGGAUAUCUUGAAGUUCCUGGUUUUGUAUGAAGAUUUAUGAAACCAUUAAUUUGGCCAAAACGCUGAAAAAAUGUUGUGAAAUAUCCAGAGUGAGAAAGCAGUGCUAAGACCUUUGAAAGAGUGAUGAAAUCCUAAAAUGUCCAGACCAGAUCGCAAUGCCAACGAGGAAAACCAUUUGGGCGCAAAGCCCAAGGCCCACACUUCGGCCCAGAGGAUACUCCAGGACAACUACAUGGAGCUGGAGUUUGUGGCACCGGAGCCGUCCACCAGGUACCCUGAUCUUCCGGUCAGCUAUGCCACCAGCCUGGUGGUGGGGCCACCGCCCUACCGCGACCCACCCCCACCAACUCCGCCUCCGUUGUCCCAGAUGCCCUCGCGUCUGCUCCACUCGGCCCCGAACACUCCCAGUCGGGGCAAGGUCGUCCUCAGCAAAAAGGAGCGCAAGGAGCUGGGCAAGCAGCUGGGCAUAGACGAGGCCUCCAUCCUCGGUACCAACAGCAGCAGCAGUGUCCAGUCGAGUCCCUACAAGGGCCGGGUGAGUGAGCUCAAGAACUGCAUUGCCCGGGGACUCUUUGCCACUUUGCAUCGCGGCUCCCAGAAGACCUUGCCGCAGGCGGAGGAUCGAGCAAUCAGCCAUGAGAUCUCUCCACCUCCUCCUGCUCCGGAAUCGGCCAAUAACAAUGAAGAUGCCGCCGACUACUCCGAGAAACUGAAGAACCUUCCAGUGCGGCAACGGAAGGUGGCCACCUCGCAUAUGGAGAACUACUGCCUCUUCGAUCCCGUAGACUUUAUCAACGAGAAGGCGAUGCGAUAUCCCAGCUCCAACAACCAUGGCCUCAGAGAUCCCCUUUUCAGCUCCAGACAGCAUUUGGUCUGCGAAGACGAGGACGAGCUAGUGCCGGAGGUCAUAUACGACAACGAAGAACUGGAGCUGGAAGAGACCAUCAUCAUAGAGACCUCGGCUCUGCCAGAAGCGGAAACAGAGGCCGAUCCGAGAGCAGAAAGCUCCGGAAUCCUAGCCAGCUUUGAUCAUCACAAUUACUUUAUUAUAGAACCUGGUGGUGAGCUGAGCAUGGACAUAGGAAUACCCAAUCCUUACACCAACGAGAAGCUGGUGAACGCCAAGCUGGAGCAGCAGAAUCUGGAAAAGCUCUUCAGCGAGCUGGAGAACACCAGCACGAGCAUGUCCAACAGCCAGGAGUCCAAGGACACGGAGACGACAUCCACAGCCCUGGUGGAGUCAUCCACUUCCACCAACUCGAACAGUUCGGCCGGAAGCUGUUCUUUGGCCAAUCCCGGCCAGCAAUCGGUUAAGAAGAAGCUGACCUUUCUGAAUCUCUCGCCCUUUCGGAGUGGCAAGAAGAACGGAGGCAAGUGUGGUACAUCGGACCAGCAACGCGCCAUCUCGGAGCUGGUCAGCACGGAUCACAUGCUGCACUUGCAGCAACUGCUUCUGGAACAGCGCAAGGACCAGCGAUCGAACACGGUGCCUGCCGAGUCCAACUAUGUGCUGUUCAAUCCCGGUCCGGUGCCCAGUCGCCAUGUCCAGUACAAGAUACGGAAGCCGCGGCCCUUGUCCACGCACAGCGAUGCCGACAGUGGCUUCCUGUCCCCCUGCUCGCCGGACGAGAUGAAGGCCAAUCCGGCCAUUCUGGUGCUGCAGCAGUGUGACAGUGUUCAAGGAUAUAUGGAGAUCUACACAGACUGGGCCAACUACUACUUGGAACGUGCCAAAUCAAAAAGGAAAGUCACCGACCUCUCGGCCGACUGUCGCGAUGGCCUCCUACUGGCCGAAGUCAUCGAGGCGGUUACCACCUUCAAGGUGCCCGAUCUGGUCAAAAAGCCAAAGAGUCAACAGCAAAUGUUUGACAACGUCAACUCGUGUUUGCAUGUGCUGCGAAGUCAGUCGGUUGGCGGCUUGGAGAACAUCACCACGAAUGACAUCUGUGCCGGUCGUCUGAAGGCGGUCCUGGCCCUGUUCUUCGCCCUCAGCCGGUUCAAGCAGCAGGCCAAGCAGACGAAAUCGAUUGGCGUCGGUUGUGGCAGCGGCGGCGGCGGAGGAGUUGGAUCCUCGACGGCUCUAUCCGGAGGUUCGGUUCUGGGAAUCGGCUUGGGCGGCAGCUUGAGGCCCCCAGGUGCCAGUCUUCACCUGACUGAUAAAAAUCAGCAAGAACAGCAGCAGCAGCAACAAACCCCACAACAGUUGGCCGCCCAGUCUUUGGAAAACGGCAAUGAAAUGGUGAACCGGCAAAUUGCACCCGCCUACACAAAGGUCAAUGGCGGCACCGCCAUCCCCCUGCCAGCCACCGUGAUGGUGCAGCGUCGCUGUCCGCCGGACAAAGUGCGUCCGCUCCCGCCCACACCAAAUCAUACGCCAUCGAUACCGGGCCUGGGGAAGAGCGGAAGUGAUUUCCAUUCAAGCCGUCCAAACAGUCCGCCCACCAGCAAUCACACGAUCCAGAGCCUCAAAGGCGGCAACAACAAUAGCCUGCGCCCGCCGAGCGUGAAGAGCAAUCACCAGAGCGGGAUUCCCUCGCCGAGCAGUCCGCAAACCGCUCCUGUCCAGAAGCACUCCAUGCUGGACAAACUGAAGCUGUUCAACAAGGAGAAGCAGCAGAAUGCAGCCAACGCCGCCUCGGUGGUUAGCAAGUCGCAGAUCCAGUCGAAGCGAACCUCCUCCUCCUCGGGAUUCAGUUCGGCCCGUUCCGAGCGCUCCGACUCCAGCCUAAGCCUGAACGAUGGCAGCCACGGAAACUCCCAGCUGAAGCCACCCAGCAUCAGUGUGGGUGCCCAGAAGGCUCCGCCGCCCAAGACCAAGCAGUCUAAGCUGCUGGCUGCCCAGCAGAAGAAGGAUCAGGCCAACAACAAGGCCAGGCUGGACAAGAAGGAAAAGAGCCCGGCGAGGUCCUUGAACAAGGACAAGGACGAGUCAGGCAACGAGUCGCGCAGCUCCACUAUGGGAAGAACCAGCAAGAGCUCCGGCCUGGCCCGGGGAAUAGGAGGUGUUGAGAAGAACACCCCCAAGACGGCCUCCAAGUCGUCUCUGCACUCCAAGUCCGACUCGAGGAGCUCCUUAAAGGCGCCCCAGCUUCUGCAGAGUCCCAGUGGCACUGGCUUGCCUAAGCCCAUUGCGGCUAUCAAGGGCACCAGCAAGCUCCCACAAUUGGGGGCAAAUCCAGCACUGCCAACCCCCGUGACAGAGCCACCUCCUCCAAUGCAACCGCAAAUGUUGAAGCGCGAAAACAGCAACAUAUCAGAGAACAUAUCCCAACCGGGAAUGGGUCAACCACCCGUUACACAUAUCCUCAAGGCGGCAGCUCAACCGCCACCUCCACAACCCUUCUAUGCCAACAGCCAGAGCGGCUAUCUUAGUGAACCCAGCACUCCACAGCAUAGCUCCGGAAUCUACGGCAGCAGUCGCCUCCCACCUCCCAAGUCUGCCCUGGGUGCCCCACGGAAACUGGAGUACAAUGCCGGACCCCACAUACUGGCCCGACCACCGGGAAUGCAGCGACCUCUGGUCAAUUCUGCUCCAAACACCCCCACUGCCUCGCCAAACAAGUUCCACACCAUACCCUCCAAAAUCGUAGGCACCAUCUACGAAACCAAGGAGGAGCAGCUCUCCCAGCUGCCACCACUGCCCCACCAGGAGCAGCAAACUUCGGUGCUGCCUAUGCGGCCGCUGCUCCGGGGCUACAACUCGCAUGUGACCCUGCCCACAAGGGGCGCUCGCGGUGGCCACCACCCCCACCAGUCCUACCUAGACUUUUGCGAAUCGGACAUUGGCCAGGGCUACUGCAGCGAUGGGGAUGCCCUGCGCGUGGGUAGCUCUUCUGCGAGCACACGCUUCCAAGACAUCGACAACGGAUACCUCUCAGAGGGCAGCAGCGGGCUGCACGGUCCAACCUCCUCCGGCGACGGUAUCUCCCACGGCAAGCACUUCCUUAGCAUGAUGCGGGCACGAACUCAACUGCCCACAACCAUCGAAGAAAGAAUUCGCAAUAGUCGAGGCUCUUUGGACAGCAUCGGAACCGCCGCGAACGGCAGCUCUGCAGCCAGCCAGGCCAGCUCCAGCGGCGGCUCCACCACCACCCACAGCCACGCCCACUCCCACAGCAGCAACAACAACAAUAACAAUAAUAACAACAACAACGGAGGAGGCGGUAAAAUGGAUGGGAGUCCCCAUCAUAGGCCAGGAUCUCGAAAUGGACGCGAUAACUGGAGCAAGAUGCCCGAACCACUCAAUGGACAUAAAUCGGAGAAGUCCUCGCCCUCUCGCCGCAGCAUGGGCGGUGGCAGUGGCAGUUCCUCUAAGCAGGGCUCCCCCUCCUCCUCGCGAACAAAGGGUGUGCCGCCCAGUUUUGGAUAUGUGAAGCGAGCUAACGGAAGCAUUGCCUCCACUGCCGAACAGCAGAACAUUGCCAUGUUAAUGGCCGGUGCCGGAGGUGGCGGAGGCGUGGCAGUGCCCAAUGGUCUGCCCUGUGGACGUACUGCCCACGUCUCGGCGGUGCCAAGGACGGCAGGUGGACGCAAAAUCGCCGGCGGGACCCAAACCCUGCCCAACGAUAUGAACAAGCUACCGCCAAAUACUCAGCAUCGUAGCUUCUCCUUGACGGGACCAACGGCCACCCAACUCAGCCAGUCCAUAAGGGAGCGUCUGGCCACAGGAUCGCACAGUCUGCCCAAGCCCGGCAGUGAUCUGCAUGUCUUUCAGCACAGAAUUUCCAAUCGCCCUGGCGCCCGCCACGAUGGAUCCCUCUCCGACACCCAAACCUACUCGGAGGUCAAACCGGAGUACAGCUCGUAUGCCAUGUGGCUGAAGCACAGCAACACGGCCGGCAGUCGCCUGUCCGACGGAGAGUCCAUCGAGCAGCUGCAGAUCGGCUCGCCCGCCAUGACCCGACAUGGCCACAAGAUGAUCCACAACCGAUCCGGACCGGGGGCUGGCCAAAUGCCGCUCUCGGGCAAUGAGUCCCCCUAUGUCCAAAGUCCCCGCAUGAACCGCAGCAACAGCAUAAGAUCCACGAAAUCAGAGAAAAUGUAUCCCUCGAUGCUGAGCCGUGGCGGCGACGUGGAAAUCGAGCCGUACUACUGCCUGCCGGUGGGCACCAACGGCGUCCUUAGUGCUCAAAUGGCAGCUGCCGUGGCGGCCCAGUCCCAGGCAGCGGCCCAGGGCAAUCCAGGUGGCACGGUAGGUGGUGUAGCCUGGAGUCAGCCCACCUCGCCCACACCCCUUGCCCGAGGCCCCUUUGCGUCGGCGGCCGCCGUUGCCGCUGCUGCCGGAGUGCUUUCACCCACCCACGGAGCCACCGCGGUGGCAGGUCUGGUGGGAGGGGCUGGAGCUGGCGGGACCAUCGUUGGACAUAGGCUCACAUAUCCCAAGAAAAAUGACGAAGUUCACGGCAGUGCCGCCUCCUUGCUGUCCGGAGGCAGCUCCUUGUACGGCUCCGCGGAGGAGCGACAGGCGCAUGAGAUCCGCAGACUGAAACGCGAACUGCAGGAUGCCCGGGAUCAGGUGCUCAGCCUGAGCAGCCAGCUGUCAACCAACGCCCAUGUGGUCACCGCCUUCGAGCAGUCCCUGUCGAACAUGACCAACCGGCUCCAGCAGCUGACGGCGACGGCGGAGCGCAAGGACGGGGAGCUGACGGACAUGCGCCAGACCAUCGAGCUGCUACGCAAGCAGUCCAUCCAGGCGGGACUGACCACGGCCCACAUGCAGAGCAUGGGGGUGCAGACCCAGGGUCAGGGUCAGCCAGGGUCGGACCAGAAGCCGCCGUCCUCAGGAGCCUUGCGUCCCACCAAUGGAAACGGGACAGUGGGUGUGGGCAUGCAGCGCCAGCACAGCACGGACUCUAUGUGCUCCCUGAACUCCAUCAGUUCUGGAUGCUCGGCGGCCCAGGACAAGAACAAGGCCAACAAGAAGAAGGGCUGGCUAAGGAGCAGCUUCACCAAGGCCUUCUCGCGCAACGCCAAGAUCUCAAAGACCAGUCGCCAUGUGGGGCAUCACCACCAGCACCACCACAAUCAAACCCAGCCUCAGGAUCAGCAUACGCUCGGAAAAUUGUCGAAUGGCAUAAAUGGUGAGCCUCUGGGCCUCGCGGCUCUGGCCACUCAGCCACCUCCUCCUCUUCCAAACAGUAAACAGGGCAGUCCGGCCAAGACGGUCACCCUGAUCGACAACGCCAAGCCCAUCGACGCCAUCGAUCAGGAGGAUCAGCAGGUGGUCGAGGACUUGAAGAAGCAGCUUCGGGAAAAAGACCUCGUCCUCACCGAUAUUCGCCUGGAGGCCCUAAGCUCGGCUUCCCAGCUGGAGAGCCUCAAGGAGAUGAUGAACAAGAUGCGGGCCGAGAUGAACUCCCUGAAGCAAAACAACGAACGCCUCCAGAAGCUAGUGACCACCCGCUCCUUGGCUGGUUCGGAGGCAAGUCUGGGUCAGGCCAUCAGUCCCAAUGGCUCGGUGGCCGGCAGCUCAGAGGUUUCCAGACGCUAUUCCCUGGCCGAUAGCACCAAUCGGCCACCCAUGGAGCUUCCAGCCCGCCUUAGCGAGGAACUGGAGCUGGAGGAGGAUUGUCUGCCUCCGGCACCGGCCCCUGAGCCACCACCACCACCGGCUCCGAACGGCAACGGCGGUGUGGCCCCUCUGAGCCCCAGCACCCACAUUGAUCUGACUCCACCACCACCCGCUCUGGAGGCUGCUCCUCUGGCAAGUCCUGUUCACAUGCCAAGCACCACCGAAGAGUUGACUGAUGUGUGUGACGGCAAGAAGAUCGCAAUUUCCUGCUACUUGGGCCAGCCGGACGCCUUCGCCAAAUACUGCGAGGAGCUGCAGGAGCUGGACGGUUUCUAUGCCAACGGUCACGACCUGGAUGCUCAGUCCCAGUCGGAGCGCAAGGCUAACUUUGCCGCCGCCAGCUGCAACGAAUUCGUGAUCGCUUGCACCUACAUCUCUGGCAAGACCACCUGGCAGAACCUGGACUACGUGGUGCGCAAAACCUUCAAGGACUACGUUGCUCGCAUCGAUCCGGGCACCAACCUGGGACUGAAUACCGAUUCCAUUACCUCGUACCACUUGGGCGAGGCGAAGCGCGGUCCCGAGAUGGGCUUCCCGGAGCUGCUGCCCUGCGGCUACAUUGUGGGCAGUGUGCGUACUCUGUACAUCUGCCUCCAGGGCGUGGGCAGCCUGGCCUUCGAUAGCCUCAUUCCCCGGAGCAUCGUGCAUCGAUACAUCAGUCUGCUCACAGAGCACCGUCGCCUGAUCCUGUGCGGGCCAAGUGGCACUGGAAAGUCCUACCUGGCUCGCCGUCUGGCCGAGUUCUUGGUAGCACGAGCAGGUCGUGGAAAUCCUUCCGAAGCCAUAGCCACAUUCAAUGUUGACCACAAAUCCUCAAAGGAUCUGCGUCAGUAUUUGGGCCACAUUGCCGAGCAGGCUGCCAUAGCCAACGGCGCCUCAGAACUCCCCUCUGUGAUCAUUCUGGACAACCUGCACCAUGCCUCCGCCUUGGGCGAUGUCUUCUCCUGUCUGCUCAGUGCUGGUCCAGCUACCAAGCUGCCCUGCAUCAUUGGCACCAUGUCGCAGGCCACCUGCAACACCACCAAUCUCCAACUGCACCACAACUUCCGAUGGGUGCUAACUGCCAAUCACAUGGAGCCCGUGAAGGGAUUCCUGGGCCGGUUUCUGCGCCGCCGCCUCUUCCAGCUGGAACUGCAGACACAGCAUCCUCAGCCGGAACUGGCGACUGUCCUGGCCUGGUUGCCCACCGUGUGGCAGCACAUCAACCGAUUCCUGGAGGUACACAGCUCCAGCGAUGUGACUAUCGGUCCUCGACUGUUCCUCGCCUGUCCACUAGAUCUGAAGGACUCCCAGGUGUGGUUCACCGAUAUCUGGAACUACCACCUGUCGCCCUACUUGGUGGAAGCUGUCCGCGAAGGUGUGCAGCUCUACGGACGUAGGGGAGGUGCCUGGAAUGACCCUUCGGCCUUUAUCAGGAACUCGUAUCCCUGGCCUUACGGUCCGGAUUCGGUGCCACCUCUGCGCCAAAUCAAUGCCGAGGAUGUGGGCCUCGAAGGAGUGGCCUUGGUCAACGGCGAACAGCAAGAUCCUUUGCUCAAUAUGCUGAUGCGCCUGCAAGAGGCAGCCAACUACUCGGAGGCACAGGACCAGGAGUCCGAUUGCGCUAGUCUGGACUCCAAUGUGACGCCCGACAGUUCGGCGGGCGCCGAGUAAGCAGCAACCACUUCUUACAUGCCAAAUUU